ACUGAGCCACCCAGGCGCCCCCAGAAAUACAGUCUUGAUUUCAAAGACACUUAGCUGUCAUUUCCAGUAUGGUGAGAUAUGCAAUCAAAAUCAAGGAGGUAUUUGUUGAAGGUUGGGGGUGAGCAGCUUUUAUAACGAUUCCAGGUUUGAGAUAAUGUCAAAUGAGAUGUCAUUUUCAUUUUCUACUAACAGUGCGAGAUUGGCCUCUCUUUUUGGACUGGAUCAGGCAUCUGCUGGCCAUGGAAAUGAAUUCUUCCAGUACACAGCCCCAAAGCAACCUAAAAAAGGCCCAGGAGCAGCAGCAACAGGAAAUCAGGCGCCAACAAAAGCAGCCCCCACUACAACAGGCACUUCUACCGUAUUGGUUGCAACAGCAGUUCAUGCGUAUCGAUACACAAAUGGUCAGUAUGUAAAGCAGGGCAAGUUUGGUGCUGCAGUCCUGGGGAAUCACGCAGCCAGAGAGGUGAGAAUGCCCCCGUGUCUCGUGUACAUUCAGGUGUCCCAGAUCAUGCCGAUGAGCUGGUUUUUACCAGGAGACAUUGGGCGCCAAUGUCUCCUGUGUCAGAGGAUUAAAAUGAUUGUUCGUGUUGAAUGUGAAUUUUUAAUAUGAGGUACGUAGUAACAUUUACAGUCACAUCUUGCUUACUAUUUACAUUAGUAAAUUGUGCAUUAAAACAAAUCCAACCACGCAAAAUCUUUAAGUUUGACCUUUGUGAUAUGGUACUAAAGACUUCGGAGAGUUUUAGAGUAAACUAUUUACCAAGGACGUCCCUUUGUUAGGUAAUGAAAAACACUUAGUGUUCUACUUGGAGUAUUUUGUCUUUAUGCCUGAAUCAGUGACCGGUGUUUAUCCUUUGAAAGCUUAACAGUGAGAUGGGCAGUGGAUCACAGAGCGUACUAUUGGUUUGGGUCAAAAAGAAAUGUGGCUAGAAGUCCUGAGACUUGAUUGCCUUAUGUGGGUUGUAUCUAGCUUCAGAUUCUGCUCCAGAAUGUUGUAAACAUUUUUGAGAGAAGCAUAAGAAAUUCUGGAAUUUCAAAGGUCCAGUGAACUAAGGGCCACGCUCCUAAGACACUCUGAGACACAGAUAGGAUGACCUGUUCAAGGUAACUAAUGUAAUAGACAACACUCAUUUGUAUUAAAAACAAAUAAACUCGGGGCGCCUGCGUGGCGCAG